AAACUCACUGAGAUUUCUCAGUCAGAGGCUGGACAUUGCAGUGAUGGCCUUGUUUGCCCGACUCUGCAGACUUUUUCAGAGAGCCAAUGUGGAUGGGAGAGACCAGAGAGGGGAGGAAGGACGCUGACCUUCCAUCUAAGAGUAAUGAAGGACGAAGGAGGUGGACUUGGCGAAUGUGGAUGGCUCACAGACAGAAAACAUCCCCUGUACCUGUCACAAGCAAAAAGCAGUUUGAGAAGGAAGAGAAGGAGCUGAUCAAAAAGAUCCAGCUCACUACCGAGGAGACAAAUGAGCUGAGAGAUCGCCUGAUCUACGUGACCGAGGGAUCCAUGAACAAGAGGCCCUACCACAGGCAAACUCGACAUUAUAAAGAACUGAAAUUAAAGGAGAAGGAGAUCAUGACAUUUCUACACAACUUAGAGAUGGAGAACAUGGAGGCCCGAGAGAACAAGCAGGAGCUCAAGAAGGAGAAAAAUUUCUAUCGUAACCUGCACACCCGGAUCCUGCUGGAGGAGAAUCUUAUAAAGAAGAAGUUGGCGAUAUUGCAGCAGGAGAGCAAGGAAAUACAUGCUGAUUGGGCCAUCAUUCACCAACGUUUGGUGGAGUUGAACCUGAGUGGUAAAGACGAACAGGAGAAGACCAGCAACCUGGAGACUCAAGAACAUCAGGUCUCAGAAGCUGCAAGAGAGCUGGGAUUGGCCACAGCUGAAGAAGACAGCAUCUUGCAGAAUGAGUUGCCAUGCCAGGAAGCCCCUGCUGAGCACCAUCCCCAGCACCCACCAUCUUCCUCGGAUGAAUCUUCCUCAGAUGAAUCUUCUUAUAGCACAUGUCCUGAGUGGGAAUAGGCCCUACCGAGGAAGACAUGGCUGAUUCAGGGCGUUGUUCCCUUUUCUCUUCAGACAACGACUCUUGGUAGAGAACUGAGGCGGCUGCACUGCUACCAAGUGUCCAAGAGGAGCAGCAGGCUGGAGGGCUGUGCUGCUAAAAGUGCAGAAAAAUGCUGCUGAACAAUAAUUUUCCUUUAGAGUUUUGGUUGAAGUUUUCAUUUUGUUCUUUGAGUUAUUUUUAUGUUAUUUAGAAGUUAUAUGUUCUUGUUCUUGUAUUUCAUUGUUUGUUUUUGCCUUUAUCUCUAUAUUAAUUGAACUUUUAAAACCUAUUUUUUAAAAAUUCUAUUUCUUAUGCAGAAAAAUUGAUUUGCAAGUAGUGACUCUUGAGACCAUCUUCUUUAUUCAGGUGUUCUAUCCCCUGCUGUAGACCUAGAACUCACAUCCAGAGAUGUAUCUUUGUAAGUUCCAGGCAGCCAGGGCUGUAUAAUAAAGUCAUAGCCUAGCCACCUAGGGGUAUACAAGGUGAUGAUUUUUUGUGUCGAUAAUUUUACUUACCCCAGGGACACACACUUGAAGAUGUAAUCACUGCCAUACUGCAUCCAUGGUGUCAUGAAUUCUCUUACUCCUAACAUAUAGCACUCUAUAAAACACAUUCAUUCAUGAUCCCGUGAACCAGAUACUGAGUAAUAUACAGCCAUUGUUCUAGAGCUGCUGCAGAUAUAAAAACACUCAGAAAGGAAUAUAAAAUAAAUCAGGAAGGCCAGAGCCAGCUGCCUCAGUUUACUUGCAAUAGAGCAUCAGUGAUUGAGGAGAACAAUGGCUUCCCUUUGGUUCUGGCCUGAAAGGGUCAGAGCCGUUAACUGGGGAAAGGGAGGGAUGUCUAAACAUGACUUUCUGUGAGCCAGAGUUUUUCCUUGUUCCUAGUCAAGAGUUAAUAUUUACCCUGGGAGGAAGAUGUCCUUGGGUCUUCAGAUAACAGUUUCUUCUUCUGAAAUUCAUUGUUGUUAUGAGAAAAUGACCCCAAAAUUGAUAAUAUUGUUUGCCAGAUGCAACUAAGUAAAAAUGUUAUUUUUGAGCAAAAUUUGCAAAGUCAUACCCCAUGUUUUUAAGCUGUAGAAAUCAGUAAAACUUUCCUACUUGCCACUAGAGCGGUAGUCCAUCUGUUUCUUUAGGGCGAUCUUGAAGCUGGUCUUUAUCAAGUGAUAACCACAUAGCAGAUAUAAUGACCUUCCAUGGCUUGCUGGGAAAUAGCUUUUGAUAGAUGCUGUUGUCCUUGGCCAUAAACUUGCUGUGUUUUUGCUGUUGCUGAUUAGACUUAUGUUUAACAUUUAUGUGAAUGGGUGUCUUUCCUACUGAAUAUAAUACUGUAUGUGGCUCCUCCUGAGGGACAUUUCCCUCAGAGGACAGAAGAAGGAACCACAACCAUUCCUGGAGAUGGAUGUUAGGCACCAUGUGGGUCUUCUAGAGAGUAGCAGAUGCUCUUAUCUGUGAGGCAUCCCCACACCUCCUGCAGUUGGCUUUUGUCCUUCCAGAGAAGGUGCUGUUUUAGAUGGCCAGGAUCAUGUCCAGUUGAUUGGAGAAAUCUCAGGAGAUGUCUAAGUACAGUGCCUGAUCUGCGCAUACUCAUUGUCCUAUGCUGCCAGGCAUGUAUGCAGGGCUCUGAUGUUACCACUGGCAGUUCUGUGUUCAGAGCCUUUUAAUUGGACAAAAUGGGGUAGGGGGAAAGUUGUGGAUUGCUGUUUGUGUUUUCUGCUCCCUCAAGAGUCCCUAAACACAGGUUCAGUCAGGUGAAAUAUUAAUUGGUCAGAUAAGGCUAGAGGCUCUUAUUGGACAAUUGGGAAGAAAGGCAGAUCUGAAAUAUUAGAGAGUGGAAGUGUGAUGGAGAAGAGAGAGGGAACGGAGGACAAAAAUGGAGGAAUAGGAAGAUGGUGCUAGACUACAGGGCCCUAAGGUCCAUAAAUACCUGGGGAUUUCAUAAAUAGGAAAUAGAGUAAUGUAGGUACAUUUUCCUGAUCUAAGUGUGCAGGUUUUAUUUAUAUGUGUUGAGUUUUGUAUUGCUUGCAUGGGCACUUUGUGCUUGUAGAUUUCCCCUAAUAAAUUUGGCUGGCAUAUUACAAGUCUUUUGUGUUAUUAUUCUAAGAGGUAAAGGGGAAGUGUGAGUGGCAGCCAGCUCACUGUAGGCUAGCCACAGGUGGUGGAUGGCAUUAGAAGUAUAAACAGCCUGGCAGCAGCUAACCAUGGGAAACAGGGCAAGAGUGCUGCAUGCGGCUGGCCACUCGAGGUUACAGAGAUCAUCUUGCCUGUCCCUAACCACUUAGCAUGGAUUGGGUUUUGUUUUUAUGUUUUGUUGUUUUGGUUUUGGGUUUUUUUAAGGUUUUUUUUUUUUUUUUUUUUUUGGGUACAAGCUACAAUCAUGUAUUUCCUUUUGUUCUAAGCAAAGUAGCAAUCUCUCCAACUUGAAGAAAACAAUAAAAGAUCCCCCAUGCCCUGUUUCUUUUGUCUGUGAUCCAAGCCC